ACACACGAUCUCGUAUACCGAGAAAAUAAAAAUAUUGUUCGGCAGAAGUAGAAGUGAAGUGGCCAAGGCGAAAUUCGCCACGGCAGUGUUCUUACAGGAUCAUCGUAUACCUUACACAUACGAGAUUAGUUAUUCUUUCAUUAUUUCAUUACCUAAUUAUAAAUUAUCAAGUCCGGUCCGGUUUGUUUGUACAGUGGAUGAACGUAGUUUAUUAAAUACCAAUUGACAACUUUCAACAUUACCCAAGGGAUUCCAAGUAGUUAUAAGUACUUAGGUUUUUAAAAAUGACGUUAAAAGAUCGUGUUGUACUCCUAUAAAUGCAACAAAAAAGCAACAACAAAAUCGACUAAAAAGUACAAAUAAUUCGACAUGACGGUGGGUCCGAAUUUGCUUGUCUGCAGGCUAUCCAUUUUUUCGGCAAUGGUAGCCGCAACUGUGACUUUAAUUUAUUUGGCUCCUGUUCCUGACCAAAGCUAUAAAAACUGUGAUCGUCCUUGCCAUGACCUCGACUGGCCAAUGAUUUGUAGAUUUAAAUUAAUAAUAGAGAAAUUACCUACGCCUGUGAUAUGCCGUGAUUGCCACAAUUGUUCCUUCUGUUCCUCGUCGAGCAACGCACCCCGAGAACUCGUCGCAUUGAAUCGACAGUUUCCAGGACCUUCCAUGCACGUCUGCCACAACGACGUGGUGAUAGUGGACGUGGUGAAUAAAUUGCAAGGCCAGAGCGUGACCUUCCAUUGGCGCGGUCAAACGAACGUCGAAACGCCUUUCAUGGACGGAGUACCGUCGGUGACGCAAUGCCCCAUCGGGCCUUACACCACGUUCCAGUACAAGUUCAGGGCGUCUUCGUCAGGCACUCAUUCCUAUCACGCGUUUUCCGAUUCGGACAGAUCUAGCGGCGCAUUCGGGGCUUUGAUCGUCCGCAAACCCGAAAAACUGGACGAGUACCGGCAGAUAUUCGACGUGGACAACGAGGAGCACGUGCUGGUGCUAUCAGAAUCCGACGAUUCGGUGUUGAUAAACGGAGCCGGACCGAAAGACAAGCCUCUUAAUUUGCGCGUGAAGAAUGGCAGCAGCAAUAGGUUUAGAGUUAUUUACGCCAGCGGUAGUGGCUGCCCGAUGACGCUAUCCAUCAAAAACCACCCGCUGAACGUGAUUUAUGUUGAGGGAAAUCCCAUCAAAUCGUCGAAGGUGUCUUCGAUACAGCUAAUAAAAGGGGAAACUAUUGAUUUCGUGUUGAUGGCUAACAAAUCUCCCGGAUCGUAUAAAUUAGAAGUGAGAUCGAAUUGCAACGCUAAAAGUCUAAUCGGAAAAGCCAUUUUAACAUACGAAGGAAUUUCCCAAGAGGUAAACGCUGACGAGGAGGAGGCGUCGUCUAAAUCCGGCGAGGAAGACUGCGAUGCCGGAAAUGGAAAAACCUGCUUGCAGGAAUUCCAAAAUACGGAGGAAAUGGAUAAAGACUUGUUGACCGUCCAUCGAAGGAUUUACCUCGGAUUCGAUAGCGUAGGGGUAAAAGCAGCUAAAGGAAACGCCGACGCUCGUCUUCGUCAAUUUAGAACAAAUAAUAUAUCGUUCCUGUUUCCGCCAUCCCCGAUCCUCACCCAACCGACCGACGUUCCCGUCGAUCUUAUGUGCAACGAAUCCCAUUUGCCCGACAGGUGCAAGGACGAGGAGAGUUGCGAUUGCGUGCACUUAGAGCACAUUCCCUUGGAUAGCAGCACGGAGAUCGUGCUCGUGGAUCAAGGUGGAGAGGAAGAAGAUGGUUACAUAUUCCAUUUGCACGGCUACAAGUUUUAUCAAGUUGGCACAAAGAUAUUGGAUCAACCAAUGUCUAAAUCGGAAGUGGAAGCAUUGGAUUCUAAUUUCGAUUUCAUAAAGCGCAAUUUGAAAAAUCCGCUGAUUAAAAGCACCGUGAGAGUGCCCAAAAAUGGAGUAGUUGCCAUCAGAUUCAUGGCAAAGAACCCAGGUUUCUGGCUCCUUAGAGACGAGAAUGCUCAAGGGUGGACCAGAGGUAUGGAUAUUUUAUUCCAAGUCGGCGAUACCGGUGACAUCGUGGCUACGCCGAGUAACUUUCCAGUUUGCGGCAACUUUGUAGGUCCCGAUUUCUUUUUACUGUAAAUAAAUAGCUCAAUAUUUACCUGUCUCCUAUUUUUUCUACGAGAACUAUUUUUGUGCAAAAGUCGUAGAAAUAUUUUGUGUAUACGUAAACACAAAUUUCUAAAUAAGGAUCAGUAAUCUCCUAAACAAAUACGCUCCCGGAUAUGUGAUACUUUAAUAUUACAUGUAGUUUCCGGUGCUUAUGUUGAAGUGGAAAUACUGUAUAAAAAUUAUGCAGGAUAAUUAUACUGUAGGUGGAAAAUAUAAAUAAAAACGAAUAUAAACUCACAAUCGAGGCCUAAUCAGGAUCAUGAAUUUAGUACGUUACUCCUGCUUAGUAACAAUGAGAAAUAUAUAUUAAACUCAAAAUCAUGAUAACCCCUAUUAAGCUAAUCAAUAUUUAAAAUUGCCUUUCGAUAUAGCGUAUUAAAAAUAUUUGAUUUGUGUCUACGUUUGGUGUUUUUUAAUCAAGUUAAAUUAUUACCUACUCAUAAUUACUCUGUAAAGUAAACUCUACAGAACGUUGCCAGGCAUGAAGGUAUUUGCUAAAAAUCACAAGUUUAAAAUUUAUUAGCUACAAUAAAAUCACAUAAGAUAGGAAUUAGUAAUAAUGCCUAAUAUUCAGCCUAAAAUAUAGAUACUUUAGAAAUCAUAAAUGUCUAGAAGUCUCCAGUUUAGAUUCAUAUCCAUAGAUAUUUUUAAUUGUAGCUAGUUUUAUGAAAUUACUCUAGUCAAAACUAAUAGGUACCUAGAUUAAAAUAAAUCCCUAUUCUAUCCAGUAAUGUUAGGGCGAUUAUAUGAAGCUUUUUGUUGUAAAUUUUAUUUUUAGUACGAAUAAAAUUAUCGAAGAGGGUUGUUUGUAAAUAGAUCUUUUUGUUUCAA